GCACUUUCGAAAGAUCAUUAAUUUCUGCUUCUACUGGGUAAAACCAACAAGCAUAAAAGGCAGUAUUGUGUGACAGUCUAGACAUAUGACAACAGUCUAAAUCUAUAGCUACACCCCACUCCAUACGGCAGGUGGCUCGUGCGCUAGCGCGGGAUGACCUGCAUCAUUGCGGGAAAUUCUUUGAUCGCGUAACCAACCUUCACUUGCACAUCCACCAUCAUGGCUGCCGUCGAUACUCAAACAACUUCGAAGCCUGCUGAUGCAGAGAAUGGCGCAUUCAAAUCAUUAUGGGCGGACAAAUACCGUGGUGCUACGGUUGAGGAUAUGGACCCUCCACCCGCACUCUCCGUGAAGCCGACAGAUCCUAUUUCUUAUGCUCUUAUGAGCGGACUCGAGCGAGAUUAUACCCACCUCACCGUCAUAUCUCAGGAGAACCGAGCCUUGUUGGGCUACAUUAGCAUUCCUCGACUACAGCAAUUGUUGAAGAACGGCACCGUCAAGGAGAACGAUACAGUAGAAGCCGCCAUGCAGAGAUUCCGUAGGAAGGGCACGCGAUACAAGGUUAUCACGACAGAAACACCUCUGGAGGAACUGGAAGAGUUCUUCCAUGGUGGGGUUGAUGGCAGCGGACCUCAGGAGUUUGCGGUAGUUACGGACCCCAGCAGGAAGUUCGUUCUAGGUGUAGCGACCAAAUCAGACUUGGAGGGCUUCGUAAAGAGGAGGGCGUGAGGCUGCCCAUAUCAUACCAACCUACAGGAUGCCUUUGCCAACAUAACAACCCCUGUCUACCUCGAUACUCCAGGAUUCUUUUGAGCACCUAGACUUCGAGGAAAACAUUGCUCCUUUUUCAGUCUGCUCAACCCGACUGAUUGCAAUGCGGAAACGCGAAUCCGAGACAUGGUGGAUGGCUGUGUGCUCGUAUUCAAUAACCCAAACGAAUGCUACAAAGCGAAUACCAGCACUAAAGCACUUUUAUAAAUACCAUACCUACUCCGAAGUGCAACAACUUUCUUUGCCCUAGAUAUAAAACUUUCUAGAGCAAA